AUGACGCUGAACGAGAAACCCAAAAUGACGCUGAACGAAAAACCUAAAAUGACGCUGAACGAGAAACCCAACAUAGCGCUGAACGAGAAACCCAAAAUGACACUGAACGAGAAACCCAAAAUGACGCUGAACGAGGAACCCAAAAUGACGCUGAACGAGAAACCCAAAAUGACGCUGAACGAGAAACCCAAAAUGACGCUGAACGAGAAACCCAAAAUGACGCUGAACGAGAAACCCAAAAUGACGCUGAACGAGAAACCCAAAAUGACGCUGAACGAGGAACCCAAAAUGGCGCUGAACGAGAAACCCAAAAUGACGCUAAACGAGAAACCCAAAAUGACGCUGAACGAGAAACCCAAAAUGACGCUGAACGAGAAACCCAAAAUGGCGCUGAACGAGAAAUCCAAAAUGACGCUGAACGAGAAACCCAAAAUGGCGCUGAACGAGAAAUCCAAAAGUACAAACAUAGCAUACACACGUACAACCACAAGCAGAGCAGAUAAGCAUUUAAAUAGCUUGCCCGAUAAAUGA